AACCCCCAACCUGGCCUUAUCCCCAAAUCCCCCACCCAGAGAAAGCGAUCUAGGGUUUUCUUCCGUAAGGAGAGCGGCGAUGGCGGAGACGCAGGAGGAAAUCGAUUCUUACAUUGAGCUUUACUGGGCUGAUAGGAUGGAGGCGUUCUUGGAGGAGGAGGAAGCGGAGGAGGAGGCGGAGAGAAGGGAGAGUGGUUCCUGCGGCGAAAUGAAGAAAAGGAAGACGGCGGCGGGAGUAGGCUCGAAGAAGGCGGCGGCGGUGGAGGAGAGCGACAUCCAAGAGGGGGCAGUGGAGUCGAUCAGUACAGCGAAAUCGAAUCUGGCGAGGACAAAAAAGAUUCUAAACGCAAAGAUUGCCAAGCUUGUGGGAGUGAAGAGCGGGGAGGGCCCCCAUUAUAAGACCAAGACGAUGACCGAGGAAGACGUCGCGGCGGCAGCCAUGUACAGAGCCAAGGGAGAGGAGGCGCACAGGAACCAGGAUCGGAAGGGGGAGCUGGACGCCGUGAUCAAGUGGAUCGCCACGGGAGAUCCCGAGGCAAUCAGGAUCUCGGACCAGUGGAUGGCUGAAAAUGUGGAGGCCAUGAAGCUGGAGCCAAAAGAUCGUACCGACUGGCUGGACGAACAAGCCAAGGACUACCGUGAAUUCUGGGAUCUUCAUUGGGCUGGCUCCUUCGGUAAAUGGGAGGAUAUCACGCUUAUUCAACCCAUGCUUUACACGGACGAGAAGCCUCCGCAAGAUGUGUACCCCAUCCGAACUCUGCAGGUCUUUUCGGUCCAAGUUGCAGCCAUCACAGAGGAAUUGGGGUGGCCGCUGGAUGUCUUUGGUAUCGUUGCCGCACGUGACUCGUUGGAUCACAAUCGCAACAUUAUCUUUGGCCGUCAAAGGGAUAACUGCCAAACCAUCGACAGUGAGAAUCGAUACCUGACACUGACAGGUCCUACCCGUGCUGUUGUGGUUGUGGAUCCUGUGUUCUUUGAGGUUGACUUGCGAGUGAAGGGCAGAACUGAAUCUGAGGAUAGAGCUUUGAGCUAUCUAGUUGUUAGUUGUCGUGAUUCUGGCUGUCGUGAAUCGUACAUGUUUAAACGUGUCGAAACUAGCAAGCUUAGCACAGUGGAAUUGACAUUGGCUGACAUGGCUGAAUCUGUGGAGGCCACCAUCAGUGUCAGAGUUGUCGAUGGGGAAUGGCCAGAAGGCUUUGGAGGUCUAAUUUCUGCCCGUACCGCCAGUAUCAGUGACAUGGAAAUCAAGUUGCUUGCUUUCGAUAAACUGCCAGUUGCAGCUGAUGGCACGAUACAGCUUUCACGCUGUGUUUUGUCUGUCGAAGCUGAUGGAAUGCUGAGAGUCUCUGUCAUGGCAAUGGCAAAUUGUUUGAAGGAUCAAACUGUUGAGGGAGAUUCUAAAGCAUUCACAGCCAGGGAAGCCUCCAGAAGCAUGCGUAUGCUUGAAGUUGGUUCUUGUAAGCUGGAGGUCACCAUCGCAUGGUCUCUUGUCCCGGCCAUGGUCUAGGGAGGAUGUAAUGGCUUGGUUUAGUUAAUGGAUAAUUGCUGUUACCGUGUUGGUGGUUUGUGUUUAAUGUUAUGCAGUGAAGCUGUUAUUUCUGGAGUGAUGUGUGUUGUUAGUGGUGCCUUUAUCCUGGUUUGAUUAGUGUCAAGUACUAUAUUAUAUGUAAUGUGGGCAGAUUAAGAUAGAUUUGACUAUGUAAUGUGGGCAGAUUAAGUACUAUGGAGUACUUGACUAUGUAAUGUGGGCAAGUUAACUUUGAUUUGACCAUGUAAUGUUGGCAGAUUAAGAUAGACUUGACUA